AAUAUACGUGUGUGUGUUAUGUGUAUUUAUUCAUACCUAUCACAAUAAGCAAUUAGAUUAAAAACAAACAUGUUACACGCUUCCGCUGUGCUGUUCACGAUUACAAUUCCAACCGCGCUAGAAGAGCAGCGCCUGAAGGAAGCCUACAUGCAACAGUUUAACGAAGAUGCGACUACAACAGUAACAGCAACAACAACAACCACUGUUAGAAGCUCAUCAUUGUCGGCAGGCGAUGCGCAAAGUUUGCAGAAACCCCAUCAGGUGUUUGACUCACCGCAGCUGGAUAAGAACAGUAGCAGAAGCAGCGCCAGCAACGUCGGCAGUUACAAGCGUCGCCAGCUGUCAGAUGUUGUUGAGUCGGCGGAGUUGACAGAACUGCCGCUGGAUACGGCGAUGGAGCAUGUGCUGCAGCAGAUCUUGCGUAAAUUUCACAUUUCCAAUGCUCUCUGGCUGCGCAGUCGGGAAGGCAACACAUUCCAGAUCAGUUUCACACUCGAGUUCGAUGAGCUAUACGAGAAUCUCUACGAGGCGCUCCAGCAAUGGGGCAUUGGAGAUCGCGAAGGUUCCUCGGUGUGUGUCAUGAAUUGCAUUGCCUCCAAAUCGUAUAAAAUGAAUCCACAACAAAUUGAUAAUCAGCCCCAGGGCAUACCUCAAGCGGACGGGCAUAGCAAUCAGAAUGCCCAGAAACAGGGCGCCUGGAAUCGGUUUAUGAAUUCGGUUAGAUCGCGUUUGAAUGUGGCACAAGUUGUGAGAGAUGUGCGACAGGAUGCGGCGAUAACCUUUGACUUCUGCGUACUCCUCAUCUCGGCAGCGAUAUUGGCAUCUUUUGGCCUGGUGGAGAACAGCACAAUAUUUCUGGCCUCAAGCAUGUUGAUAUCGCCGCUGAUGGGACCAAUCAUUGCAGCGAUCUUUGGCACGGUGAUCGAGGAGCGUUCGCUCAGACAACUCGGGAUGCGAAAUGAGCUAGUUGGCAUACUGAUGGCCACACUGGUGGGCUUUGUCUUUGGAUUAGUUGUGUGCACCACGGAUGCGAAAUAUGGCAUUGGUGAGGGACUCACCGAGGAGAUGCUCUCCCGCUGUGAUCUCCACUCGCUCGUCGUCGGUUUCUUUACGGCGAUACCAUCGGGUGCCGGGGCAGCCAUUGGCAUAUUGGGUGGGAAUAUUGGUUCGCUGGUGGGCGUGGCUAUUUCAGCAUCCCUUCUCCCGCCAGCUGUGAACUCGGGUCUGCUCUGGGCACUGGCUUGCAUCUAUAAGCUCUUUGAGAACGAUGAUUCCUUGUACAGGGAUGUCAUCAAGUCGAGCAAGUAUUCCCAAAAUCAGGGCACAGAACUGGCCAUCCUGGGCAGCAUCAGCAUGUGUUUGACCCUGUGCAAUGUGCUCUGCAUCUAUUUGAUGGGCAUCCUCGUGCUGAAGAUCAAACAAAUUGCGCCUGUGAUUGGACGCAGCAAUCGAGAGUUUUGGAAGCAUGACAUUAAAGUGUCUCGUGGGGAUGCAGCGAUUAUUGAUGAGCUGCUGGCCAAUCUGGCUAACGAGGAUAAUGGACAGUUUCUGCGUCACCUGGAUGAGGCUGGCUAUCAGCACACUUGGUCGCCGCGCAGCAUAAGGCACAGUUUCUCCACACAGCUGCCGGCAACGUGUGGCGUCGCCACCAUCCAUCGACUGGAGCAGUUGUACUCGCAAUCGCUGGCUAAGCCUGUGCAGGAGCAGCGUCUCGCUGAGCGCAGGCAUACGAUACGCAGCGUGGACCUACAGAAAGGGCGUCCUCGCUUUGCCAGCAUGCCCUCGCAUCAGAGUCGCCAGCAGCUGCAUUUGCCGGAGGCCAUCAUUACAAUGCCCGUGCCACGCUUUACAGUCACCCCGGCUGCGGAUGAUGUGCUCCACUUAUAGUCUAUAGAUCACUAAGCUACGACCUCAUCUUUGUUGUAAACAGUGUUUAAUAUUGUUUUUUUUUUUUUUGCAAAAUUAGAAAUUAAAAAUCUACGCCGCUGGGUGUUUGUCUAUCCGCUUUAA